AUGGCCUGUGUCCUCCAAUGUCUUGCGGCCUGCCUCCUUCCUGCCGUGGUCGCUGUACGCUCCAAAGCGGAUCUGCCUGCUGCCGAGGGCUCUCCGAAAGUGUAUCGAACGACGGGCUUGGACCUUGUGAAGAAUGCAUGGCCAGGGGCGGCCUUCGUGUCGGCGGAAGAGUGGCCCAAAGAAAUCCAUGAUCAGAUUCUUGAUGACCUCCAGGAGCACGUCAUGAACAGCCCGGGGGAACACUGGCUCAACUUGGAGCUGCUGACGCCUGGGUGUGCCAAGCAGGUUCUGGGCCUCUAUGAGGACAUCUGCAGAAGGUGCAGACAGAAAAAUAAAGCUGCCGGAAUUCGGCAAGGCGAACGCCAGUUGCGAUCCUCGGCCUGGUAUCCCUUUACAUGGGGCGGGAAUCUGGGAGCCAGCGAGAAGCCUGAGUUUCAGAUUGGAUUGCAGAUGGAACGGCAAUGGCUGGAUGCCCUGGCAUACUCCGAGAAGCAAGCCAUCCUUUGGGCAGGGUUUUGGGAGGGAGAAAGCUCGGGACGAACUACCAAGGAAGCACUCUUUCAGUUUGCAGAUCUACUGGACAGGCAGACUGUGCAUCCAGGUACAGAGCUUGGCCAAUUGGUUGAGAAGCAUGACGGCUUGGACCAGUGCAGCUAUCAACGUACGCACGAACGAGAGCUACUCCAAAAUUUCUGGACGUGGGCCAGUGCUUCCUUCGUAAGGGGCAUGGUGCGGCAUGGGCAGGAAAGCAUCGUCGCCUUCGUCAACAAGGACGUUGAGGGACCUCGUGCUCUCAGCAAGUCCGUGCUUGCUCAGUGCGAAAUUCCGAGUAUAGGCCAGAUGAGUCUUUUCGCAGGUUGGACGCCGCAUGUUGUCCUAGUGGACUUGAAAGGCACUUGCAACAUUACGAGCCCAUUCCUGCAACGGCGCCUGGUGUCCCAAAGCAUGUUGGGAUUCCGUUCAAAGUCGUCUGUCGUCCGAACUAUUGGGGGCAUCCAGUGGUCAUGUGUAGAUUGCUCGGAAUCUGACGGUUGUACACUGGAUGCAUCCCUGGCAGAGUUCCUGAAGGCGGAGCUUGCUGGUCAUUGA